AUGAAUAUCCGUCAGAAUGAGCUGCGACUGACGGUGGAACUUCGGCAGGUGACCGAUGCGGUGGAAUGCGUCUUCCAUUCUCUCCUAUUGCACAGAACAUUAGGCAGA